CGCGCUGGUGUGUGUGAGGGAGAAGCUGCUGGAGGUGCUGAAGAUGGCGGAUGGAGACAGCGGGAGCGAGCGCGGCGGCAGCAGCAGUGGCGGCCUCCAGCACUUCCAGCGGGAGCAGGAGACGCAGGAGCUGGCCUCCAAGCGCCUGGACAUCCAGAACAAGCGCUUCUACCUGGACGUCAAGCAGAACGCGAAGGGCCGCUUCAUUAAGAUAGCGGAGGUGGGCGCCGGGGGCUCCAAGAGCCGCCUGACUCUCUCCAUGUCCGUGGCGGCGGAGUUCCGCGACUACCUCGGGGAUUUCAUCGAGCACUACGCCCAGCUGGGGCCCAGCAGCCCGGAGCAGAUCGCGCAGUCCUCCGGGGGGGAUGAUGGAGGACCGCGCCGGGCGCUGAAGAGCGAGUUUUUGGUGCGAGAGAACCGCAAAUACUACCUCGACCUGAAGGAGAACCAGCGCGGGAGGUUCCUGCGCAUCCGCCAGACCGUCAACCGUGGACCGGGCUUCGGCGUCGGCGGGGGAGGCGGGCCGGGAGGCGGCGUGCAGGCCGGACAGACCAUCGCGCUGCCGGCGCAAGGAUUAAUCGAGUUCCGGGACGCGCUCGCGAAACUGAUCGACGACUACGGCGGAGAAGACGAAGAGCUGAGCGGGGGUCCCGGAGCCGCGGGGGGCUACGGGGAGCUCCCGGAGGGCACCUCCAUCAUGGUGGACUCCAAGCGCUUCUUCUUCGACGUGGGCUCCAACAAAUACGGUGUGUUCCUGCGGGUCAGCGAGGUCAAGCCCAGCUACAGGAACUCCAUCACCAUCCCGUUCAAGGCCUGGGGGAAGUUUGGAGGAGCCUUCAGCCGCUACGCCGAGGAGAUGAAGGAGAUCCAGGAGCGACAUCGCGAUAAGAUGUACGAGCGCAGAGAGGAGUCCGAAGGAGAGGAUGUGGACGACGACUGACCGGAUGAGCGGAACAACAAGUGCAUGAACUCCAAUAGCCUACUAAAAUAUUGAUGGGACAGAAAAGUAGAUCUGUGAAGUCUCUGUGGUGAGGGUUUGGGGAGGGGGGGUCUGUGUUGGAGCCCUGAGGAUGGGGUCUGAUUUAUUCCUGAUGCUGCCCGGCCCUGUCAAACCAGCAAGUUUAAUUGUCUUUCCUCACAAUUAAACCUUUGUUACAUCCGGCUGCUGAAUUUCUACAAGCGGAACAUGUGUGAUCGAACCAGGCGACGAUAAGGGUGCAUUACUGUCCAACAUGUGUUUUCACAGGGGAGAUGUGUAGUAUAUAUAUUAUAUAUAGCGUCACUGGUCUUCAUGGUGUGUAGGCAGCAUGGGACUUAAGCAACCAAAAGUUGUGUGUGUGUGUGUGUGUGUUCAGAUUAUUUUAUAGUAGAUGUUCCCUAAGUUAUUCUGUUUGGGUUUGCGUUCACGCAUCGACACACGACUUUGAAUGAGUGAUGGUUUUGGUUUGACCGCUGGUUUUGUGUUGAUGGAGAUUUUUAAAACACCAGUUCCUAAAAGAGGCGUUAGCUAUUUGAUGGAAAUAAUAAUUGAUAUUAUGGACCGUGAGAUAUUUUGGUUUUGGGGUCAAAUAUGACAAGCUUUGUCUGUUUUUUGUUUUGACUUGGGUCCAAGUCUCCUCUGAAUAUUGAUGUGUGAUAUUAGUUAUUAUAGAGGACAGAGCUUUGCGGGUGAGUGUAUUUUCACUCCAUCCCCUUCUGUGUUGUGUUUUUUUAAUGUAAGAUCAUUCUUUAUGAGAGAAUAAGUAAAUAAACCAGCAUAUUUUUGAAUACACAAAGUACAAAUUAUAUAUAAACUACGGAAUUAUUAAAGCUUGAGAAGCUAAUUUUGUAAAAAAGUAAAGCUGGGAUUUGAAGAUCGUCCAGUGUAUUUGUUUUGUGAAAGAGUAUAGCAUCAUAUAUGAGAUUACCCCCCCAAUCUCCUCCCGCAAUCCUUUGAUUUUACAGCACGCACCUCAUUAUGUUUUCUUUAUAUGUGAUUAAUAUGGACGGCUGAAGGGGACACGAUUCAGAAUACAUCAAAUUACAUUAAUUUGGAUCUACAGUUUGACCAUAUCAAUGCAUCAACCAGCACAACAGCCAAUCAGAUUGCUGUAUUUGAGCAUAUUUGCAUAUGCAUAUGAGCAGAUACAGUGUUUAAUCAGACUGAUGUCCACAUACGCAGUCAUAAAAACUGCUGUCAAACUGUUUUCAAAUAAAACACGUGCAGACACAUCUGGCCUUCCAUAAAUACCAUACAUCUUGCGAGUCCCAUUUCUGCGCAUGGCCGUCCCACGUUUGCCUUUUAAUUUAAUUUAUUGCUUUAGUAUCUCCAGCUAUAUAUAUUAUCGCCAUUUUAUUGUUUAGCCUGUCACCAAAACAGAACUAUUCUAAGAAUAAGCGAGUAGACCAGUGGGUUAUGAUGGAGAAAGAUUGAUAACGUUGAGAAUUUUUCAUCCAUGCACUUUAGCAAUUACAGAAACUGCGAUAAACUGGUGUCCAUGAGGAAAAACAAGCUUAUAUUCAUGUUUGAGAGCAGCAGCCUCCUUUGGGUUUCUAUAUUGUUAAAGAGACAGUUCACCAAGAAAUAUUCAUCAAGUUCUUUUAUUUCCUGCUGACCACAAAUCAAGAUGAGAAUAACAUUAUAAACCGGUAGCCAUUGACUACUAUAGUAGGGAAAAUACGACUAUUAAAGUCAAUUGCUACUGGAUUUUUUCUGAAUAUCUUGAUUUGUUUCCGACAGAAGGAAAACUCAAAUAAGUAGAGAGUAAUUCAAUUAUUUUCUAGUGUGAACUGGCCCUUUAAGUGUUGAAUAGCAGCUAAAAGGCAUUAGCAUGGAGUCUGUUCUGUGAUGAAAUAUCAGCGACUGGUAUCCAGAAUGGCUGCAGGAUGCCAAUCUCUGCACUUCCAGGCCUGCAGCAGCUGUUUCUCCUCAACAGCGAGCUGACUUCGCAGGCCGGCUAUUUUAAUGCGAGGUGUGUGAGCAUUCCUGCGCUGCCGGCUGCAGAUUCAGCUGUGCUGUGUUGAGGCACAAGAGGCUGAUUGUUGGGCCGUCCGCAUGCCUCUGAAAGCACGAUUACAUCAGCAGACUGCGUUUACUGCACGUGACAGUAGCGUAUGCUGGAGAAAACCCUGUCGUUUGAUGCAUUUCCGGCCAGUAACCCUAAAAUACACCCUGAGUUGGAGGGCUGAGAUGAUCAAUUGUUGCAUUGCGAUUCCUGAGAUUUUCUGAAUGCAUCGCACUGCAAUCGAUUCUGGGUUUAGCUUUAACAGCAGAUGACUCUGUAGGUUGUGUUUUGAACAGCAGAUGGCGCUCUAGGCUAGUUUUUGCCAGCAAAUGGUGCUAGAGUUUAACAGCAGACAGUGCUCUAGGCUAGCGUUUAAGAACAGACGACGCUCUAGGUUAGUUAUUACCUACAUAUGGCGCUAGUUUUAAACAGCAGACGGCGCUCUAGGCUAGUGUUUAACAAUUGACGGCGCUCUAGCCUAGUGUUUAACAACAGACGACGCUUUAGGUUAGUUGUUACCUACAUAUGGCGCUAGUUUUAAACAGCAGACGGCGGUCUAGGCUAGUGUUUAACAGCAAAUGGCGUGCUAGGCUAGUAUUUAACAGCAGACGGUGCUCUAUGCUAAUGUUUAACAACAGACGAUGCUUUAGGUUAGUUAUUACCUGCAUAUGGCGCUAGUUUUAAACAGCAGACGGCACUCUAGGCUAGUGUUUACCAGAAGAUGGCGCUAGUUUUAAACAGCAGACGGCACUCUAGGCUAGUGUUUACCAGAAGAUGGCGCUAGUUUUAAACAGCAGAUGGUGCUCUAGGCUAGUGUUUAACAGCAAACGGCGCUCUAGGCUAGUGUUUACCAGAAGAUGGCGCUAGUUUUAAACAGCAGACGGCACUCUAGGCUAGUGUUUACCAGAAGAUGGCGCUAGUUUUAAACAGCAGACGGCACUCUAGGCUAGUGUUUACCAGAAGAUGGCGCUAGUUUUAAACAGCAGAUGGUGCUCUAGGCUAGUGUUUAACAGCAGACGGUGCUCUAGGCUAGUCUUUAAACAGCAGAUGGUGCUCUAGGCUAGUGUUUAACAGUAAACGGUGCUCUAGGCUAGAGUUUAACAGCAGAUGGCGCUCUAGGCUAGUGUUUUAAUUGCGGAUGGUGCUCUAUGCUAGUGUUUAACAGCAGACGACGCUAUUUUUUUAACAGCAAACUGUGCUCUAUGCCAGUGUUUAACAACAGACAGCGCUCUAGGCUAGUUUUUACCAGCAGAUGGCGCUCUAGGCUAGUGUUUAACAGUAAAUGGUGCUCUAGGCUAGUUUUUACCAGCAGACGACACUCUGGGCUAGUUUUUUGGGCACUUUAGACUAGUCAUGUACUUUAAGUGGUCAGAUGUACUUGCUUUUUUAACUUUACUGGUGAUUACAUAAGAAAUAAUUGACUUAUUCUGGUUGAAUUAUUGCAAGAUAAUGCUUUGUUUUCCAAUAAUUAAUAGUGGAUUAUUGCGCUUCUCUGCUAAAUCCACUGUUCAGAUGUUGUAUACGAGACAUUUGUCAGGUUUCUAGUGUCCUCCAAAGCCUUCUGCUGUGUUUUGAUGUGAUUUUUGACUGUUGUAGCUGUGAAAUCACUGAAAUCAUGCAGCGUCUUGAUAUGGAGCUGUAAACCUGCCGGAACUACUUCAGCUAUGCGUUUAUCUCAAUAUAAUGGCACACCUUAGAGUGCUUCUCAGCCAAUCAGAAUCCAGCGUUCAGCAGACCUGUAGUAUAUAGUGUACAGCUCGAUCUGCUGGUUAUAACUAAGCUCAGAAUCGCAAUGCAUUGAGCAAAGCGCGUCGCUGCUGCAGCUGUUAGCGUUUCUCCACCUGUUCUGCUAAACAUUUGCUGCUCCGCUAAACUGAGCGUGUGUUGGGGACUCCAGGGAGGCUAAGCUGCUCUCUAUACAGUGUUUUCAGAUCAUGUGUGUGUGUUCAUUCUGAUUGUACGAGUCUUCAGGACUAACACUGAAUGUGUCUCGGUGAAGAGGGUUUGUUUGAGAAAGGCAAAUGACCGACUAAUAAGCCAUUUAGAUGUGUUUCUCUCUUCACUUAGAGGUUUGCACAGGGGUCAAAGAUGGAAACGGGUUUUCCAGCAUCAACAUUAAAUCUUUUAUUUAUUUAUUAGCAGAAUUGUCAUUACUAAUAUGCCACUGAGCGCAACAAUACAUGACCCAACACACUGUAUGGGUCAAAAUGAUUAGAUUUGUUUUAUUUUAAUUCCACAAACUAUUUAAAUAUUUAGUAAAGAUCAUGGUCCAGGAAGACAUUUAGUAGAUUUUCUACUGUAAAUACAUCAAAAUGUCAUGUUUGAUUAGUAAUAUGCAUUGCUAAACACUUCAUCUGCACAACUUAACUAUUUUCUCAAGAACUCUCAGAUUAGAUUAUUAAUUUCUCUGACAAAUAUUGUCAAUAAUAAACCAUCAGUGGACAGCUUAUUUACUUUAUUUGACUGUGUUUGCGGUCACAUAUGUUAAAACAGGACUCAUUUAAUGACAUAUUAUAUUAACAUAAUUUACAGGUCACCAAAAACCUCAAACUUGAAGAAAAUUGUUGUAUUAAAUGCAAACUAAUUUAUCUGAUCACUUAUUAUUCAAUGUAUUUAAACAAGUCCAGCUCUGUUUAACAAUUAUGAUACUGAAUGACUGAUCUCAUGCACAUAUUUUCACAAAACACAGCCAUUUCAUGUCAGGUUGUGUGUGUGAAAUCACUUUAGUUUAUUGUAUUUGGUGCAGAAACCAUCUUUGACCCUCCUGCAUUAAAUCCCUCUCGGCUGCUAAACGUCAAAUGAAAAUCGCAGCACUUUUUAUUUCAUUUUUAUCCAUUAAACACAUUGAAUGGGGCACAAAUCUCUUGCAAAACACCAGAAAUGGACUUUCUUUCGACUGAACUUGGCUGUGGCUAUUUUAGAUGUAUUAUUAAUAUAUAUAUAUAUAUAUAUAUACAGUUGAAGACAUUAAUAUUAUUGUUAUUGUUCAGAUAUUUCCCAAAUUACAUUUAACAGCAGUAUUUCAUGUUAUAUUUUGCAUCUGGGGGAAAAUAGAUUUAUUUCUUUCAGGUUUGGUUGGAAUAAAAGCCAUUUAAACUCAUUUUUAAGGUCAAUAUUAUUAGUCCCCUUAAAUAUAUUUAUAUAUUAGAUUGUCUACAGCAGUGUUUCCCAACCCUGUUCCUGAAGGCACACCAACAGUACACAUUUUCAACCUCUCCCUAAUCUAACACACCUGAAUCAACUUAUCAUAACAUCAGAAGAGACAGAAAAGGGAGACACCCAAAAUAUGUAGUGUUGGUGUGCCUCCAGGAACAGGGUUGGGAAACACUGGUCUACAGAACAAAACACAGUUGUUAAAUUACCCUAAUUAACCUAGUGAAGCCUUUAAAUGUCACUUUAAGCUGAAUACUAGUGUCUUAAAGAAUAUCUAGUCUAAUAUUAUUUACUGUCAUCAUCGUGAAGAUAAAAUAAAUCAGUUAUUAGAGAUGAGUUAUUAAAAUAAAGUGUUUAAAAUGCUUAAACCUGUUAAAGCUCUUGGGAAAUGUUUGAUAUUUAAUAUGAUAUUGCCUUCAGCUGUCUAUAUAUGUAUAUAUGAGAGUAUAUUUGUGUUUUGUUUUCGCCUUAUUGUCACUUAAAAAUGUAAAACUUAAAAAAAAAGCAAGCAAGCAUUAGGGACAGGAAGCAAUACUCAUCCAGAGGGGCGGGAUAAUGAGCUCAUUUCCUGUCAGGCUCUUCACUAUUGGCAGAUUGGUCUUCCUGUUUGCUGUGGUGUGGAUUUGUGCAGUUGUGUGGGGCGUUUCAGAUCAACAAUACCUCUGUACAGACCGGCGAACUUCUACAAGAAUGUUCACCCGAGCUCUUAACAGCAUCCAUGUGUGUGUGUGUGUGUAUAUGUGUGUGUAAUCGUACGCACAACAGCAACAAUCCGGUAGCUAUAUUUUGUUCAGUGUAUGAUAUGUGUCCGGCAGAGGUGUCAGAAUGCCCUUUAAACUCAGGUUCUUGGCGUUCUCGGUAUACAUUAAUAUCUAUAUAUUUGCUCCUUUUUCUGUGUGUUACUUGACUGAGCGCUCAGCUGUCAAGAGCUCAGGUUUCAGAUACUCUGCCUGUCUCCGCCCACACACUCUCUGGACUGCCAAUCAGAACGGCAGCCUGCCAUCGCUAAACCCCUCCCCCUUUUUUUCUCUUGGAGAUUUACAAGUCUAUAUUUAGAAAAUGCUAUGUAUGUUUGUAACAGAAUAAAGGACAUUAUAAAUGAUGGAAAGCAAA